AUGGUUUAUGAUGGUAAUGAUAAUGAUAAUGAUUUGGAUUACGAUAGCUUAUCGGAUGAAGAAUAUGAAGAUGUUAUUGCAAACUUUUUAUCACCAAGUAGCUUCGAAAUCCUUUCUAUUUUUAUAUUUUUAUCAUUGAUGGUUAUUGGUGUUUGUGGUAAUUCAUUGGUUGUGUAUGUCGUCAUUCGUCGCAAGAAAUUAUGGACAUCAAUGAAUUUUUUCUUAGCCAAUUUGGCUCUAUCUGAUCUUCUUGUAUUAUUAGUUUGCUUGCCACCUACAGUUAUCAAUGAUAUCACAAAAACUUUCUGGUUCAAUUCAGCUGUUUGCAAAAGUAUUGUAUUUUUCCAGAAUACGAGUGUAUAUGUAAAUAUUUUAACACUUGUAUGUAUUUCACUUGAACGUUGGCAUGCAAUUGCAACACCACUCAAGCAGAAAUUGUGGCGAACCGAAAGUACAAUUACUCUGAUAUGGAUUAUCGCAAUUGUGUUAUCAAUUCCCGAACCAUUAACUAUCAAGACUUAUCCAGCUGUCUUUAAUCGACCCAAUUUUACCACUACAUGGGGGACAACUUGUAAAGAGAGUUGGUCUGAUGAUGUACAGCGAUAUUAUCAGCUCAUACAAACUGUCGCACUGUAUUUUUUGCCUUUACUUUUAAUCACUGCUUUGUGCAUACACAUGGCUAUUAUUUUAUCAAAAAAUAUUUUACCAGCAGGUGUACGCCAAACCACAACGAGGUAUGCAAAUUUUUUGUAA